UUUUGUCCAGUUAACACAUUCAUCAGCUUUAAAAUGUCCAGUCUAUCAGCUGUGAAUGUUGUGGAGUCUGACAGUAGUGCAUGUGUGGUUUAUUGGCCGUUAGCUAACUGGCCAGUUAAGAACGACUCAGCCCUCCACUCUGCUCAGAUGGCCCUUUUGUACAGUUCAGAUGAUGUAUGACACUUUGGAUAUGGAAAACUUUUUGCACCUCUCGUGAGUGGCAUACAAACUCAUGGAAACUCAUGGUAAAAAUAAAGAAAUAUGAAUGAAAUAAUAAAAAUAGAAAUAAAAUUAAUAAUAAUGAUAAUUUACAUUGACAUCACACAUACAAGUGACUCUACAUUCUAACAUGCGUAUUGGAACACCAGCCAGUUCUUUUCAUCAAAGGACAUUCCGGGUUCUGUUUGUCAGAACACGUGCCUUUGAGCCCUGGCAGAAGUCAGACACGCUUGUUGGAGCAACAUCCACUUGUUACUUGACGUCAUCAGAUUUGAAAUUUCUGAAAUAUCAUCAUGGCUAGCAAGUCUAAACCCUUAAACGGCACUAAGAACGAAUCGCUCAUGGAAAACUUGAAGAGAAAAGUCAGAGAAGGUGGAGAUGAACCUUCAAAGACAAAGAGGAGAAGACUUAACUACAACCAGACUGAGAAGGAAUUAGCAUCCUCAUCUGCGGACACUGGCAAUGAGAGCAGCAGCACACAGUCCAAUAGGUGCAGUACAACAGUGGAGGAUGUGAGCAAGAGGACUGGAAAGAGGAAGGCUGCCGCUGAUGAAGAAGAACCCUGCACGAAGAGAUGGAAGGGGCGGCCAGCCGUGAAGGAUUUGAUCAAUGCCCGAAGAGCUGAAUUUGAGGCCAAAUACCAGCAGGAGAAUCAUCUCGGCGAAGGAGGCUGUGGAUGUGUGUUUGCCGGCUACCGCAAAGAAGAUCAUUUACCUGUUGCCAUCAAACACAUAACAAAAGACAAAGUGUUGUGCAAAGAGGGACGAAAUGGGAAAGAACUCUCAGCUGAGGUGGCUGUGAUGUUAAAACUCCAAGCUGGAAGAACUGGAUUAAUGGAGGAAUCAGCACCCGUGUCCCUCCUGGACUGGUACGAUCUGGACCAGGAGCUGAUCCUGGUGCUGGAGAGACCAAUGCCCUGUAUGGACCUUCACAAUUACGUCACGAUCAGCAAAGGCCACUUACAGGAGGACAAGGCAAAGAUCAUACUUAAACAGUUGGUUGAUGCAGCAAAAGAACUGGAGGAUAAGCGCAUCUUUCAUCGGGAUAUCAAGCCGGAAAACAUCCUGAUUGAGACCAGCUCAGAUGUGCCGCGUGUUCGUGUCAUUGACUUUGGACUGAGCUGUUUCUUCAAGAAAAAAUCAGUUUACCGUGUCUUCUAUGGUACCCCCCAACACGUCCCUCCGGAGUGGUACAGUCAUUAUGCCUACAGGCCCGGCCCCACCACAGUGUGGCAGAUGGGAGUGGUCUUAUAUGAGCUGCUCCACAGAACAGCCCGAUUCGAUACCGCAAGUUUCCUCAGACAUGAGCUGCCGAUCAGCGAUGAGCUGUCCAGAGGUAAGAAAAACGCACUCAUAUGCAAACACAGAGCUGUUCAUUUCAAUUCACCUUCUGAGGAAUCACUGUGGCUGUCAGCUCCAACUUUCUCAUCUUUCUUUCCCUCCAGAUUGCCAGGAUUUCUUACAGAAGUGUUUGAACACGUCCCAUGUACUGCGACCUUCCCUGAAGGAGCUCCAGCUUCACCCAUGGCUCAGAUAAACCAACAAUACACUCACACACAUGCUGAGUUCACACCAAUACAAUACACGCAAUACAAGAACUAUUUCUGUUCUCGUUUUUUACAGAAGCGGGAAAGCUUGGACCAGUUCACCUGGACCAUCCGCCACGCUUCUACGGGUUUUCUUUCCUCGUCUUCUUAGAGAGCUUGGGUCGGGUCAGGAGCUGCUUAUGAUUUGUGCUUAUGACGAAAGCCAUAUCACAUCAUAAGGAAAAAAAUGGAUACUAAUCUAUGAACUGGCCAUUCUGUGAUAAUAAACUUGAAUAAUAAUAAAAAAGAAACAACUUA